AUGGCGGAUCAACUGAGGGGUUGGCGCUGCAUAGAGCCGCUCUUGCUCUUCCUGCUCCUGGAAACACUAUGGGGAGCCGGGGCCGGGCAGAUCCGCUACUCGGUGCUGGAGGAGCUGGACAAAGGCUCCUUCGUGGGAAACAUCGCCAAGGACCUGGGGCUGGAGCCCCGGGAGCUGGCGGAGCGCGGAGUCCGCAUCGUCUCCAGAGGUAGGACGCAGCUUUUUGCUCUGAACCCGCAAAGCGGCAGCUUGGUCACCACGGGCAGGAUAGACCGGGAGGAGCUCUGUGCUCACAGCGCUCCGUGUCUGGUGAGUUUUAACAUCUUGGUUGAGAAUAACAUGAAAAUGUAUGGAGUAGAAAUAGAAAUAAUAGAUAUUAAUGAUAACUUUCCGCGUUUCCGGGAUGAGGAAGUAAAAGUAAAAGUUAAUGAAAAUGCAGCUACUGGAACGCGAUUAGUGCUUCCCUUCGCUCGGGAUGCGGAUGUGAGUGUGAACUCCCUCCAGAGUUAUCAGCUCAGUCGCAAUAUGCAUUUCUCUCUGGACGAGAAAAGCGGAGCUGAUGGACAAAAAUAUCCGGAGCUGGUACUGGAACGGCCCUUGGACCGCGAGAAAGUAGCUGUCCACGACCUCUUCCUCACAGCUUUAGAUGGCGGAGACCCCGUACUCUCUAGUACUAUGCACAUACGUGUGAUGGUCCUUGAUGCCAACGAUAACGCGCCCUUGUUCACUCGAUCCGAGUACAGAGUGAGUGUACCAGAGAACAUACCGGUAGGGACUCGGCUGCUUACACUAACCGCUACGGAUCCAGAUGAGGGAACAAAUGGGGAAUUAACUUACUCUUUUUGCAAUGAAGAAGACAAAAUUUCAGGAACUUUCAAACUUGAUUCGAACCUGGGUGAAAUCUCAACUCUGCAAUCACUGGAUUAUGAAGAAUCCAGGUUCUACUUCAUGGAAGUGGUAGCUCAGGAUGGAGGUGCUCUUCUGGCCAGUGCUAAGGUGCUGAUCACAGUACAGGACGUGAAUGACAAUGCCCCAGAAGUGAUCCUCACCUCUCUUGCUAGUUCCAUCUCUGAAGACUGUCCUCCUGGAACCAUAAUUGCACUGUUUAGUGUGCAUGAUGGUGAUUCUGGAGAGAAUGGCGAGAUUCUAUGUUCUAUCCCCAGGAACUUGCCUUUUAAAUUGGAAAAGUCAGUUGAUAAUUACUAUCACUUAUUGACAACGAAAGGCCUGGACAGAGAAGAGAUCUCAGAUUAUAACAUCACAGUCAGUGUCAUUGAUCGUGGAAACCCACCCUUGUCUACAGAAAGCCACAUCUCCCUAACUGUGGCAGACAUCAAUGACAACCCUCCCAUCUUCCCUCAUACCUCAUACUCCACCUACAUCCUGGAAAACAAUCCCAGAGGCAUCUCAAUCUUAUCUGUGACUGCGCAUGACCCUGAUAGCGGCAACAAUGCCAAGGUCAUUUACUCUCUGGCUGAGGACACAUUUCAAGGAAUGCCUCUAUCCUCCUAUGUCUCCAUUAAUUCCAACACAGGCAUCCUGUAUGCUCUGGGCUCUUUUGACUAUGAGCAGGUUAAAGACCUGCAGCUGUGGGUAAUGGCCAGUGACAGUGGAGACCUUCCCCUUAGAAGCAACAUGUCACUGAGCCUGUUCGUGCUGGAUCAGAAUGACAAUGCCCCUGAAAUCCUUUACCCCAGCAUUCCCACGGAUGGCUCCACAGGUGUGGAGCUGGCGCCCCGCUCCGCAGAGCCCGGCUACCUG